UUUUUGCAAAUUUGAUGAGAAGUUAUAAAGAUCAUAGCCCAGGAGAGGACACUGAUAUAAGCGAAUCUGAAAUUGAGGAGUAUGAAAUUAAAUCUUAUGAAGAGCUGAAGAGUGGAAGCAACAAUGUUAAAACAUCGGAUGAGACAUUCACUUGCCCUUAUUGUCCAAAAAAAGGAAAGCGAGAUUACCCAUACAAGGAACUCUUACAGCAUGCUAGUGGGGUUGGCAAGUCUAGUUCACAAAGGAGAAGUGCAAGAGAUAAAGCAAAUCAUUUAGCAUUGGCGAAAUACUUGGAGAAGGAUCUAGCGGUUGCUGCUGGUCCAUCAGAACUUGUGGCUGAGACUGAUCCCCUAGCAGAUUGUGACCUUGAUGAGAUGUUUGUGUGGCCAUGGACUGGAAUCGUUGUUAAUCUUCCAACAGAGUGUAAGGAUGGGCGCUCUGUUGGGAAAAGUGGCUCUAAGCUGAGGGACCAGUUGAUAAAGAGAGGCUUCAAUCCCAUAAGAGUCCAGUCUCUGUGGAAUUAUCGAGGCCACUCAGGAAGUGCAAUCGUGGAAUUUAAUAAGGACUGGUCUGGGUUCAGCAAUGCCAUGUCAUUUGAGAAGGCCUACGAAGCAGAUCAUCAUGGAAAAAGGGACUGGCAGGCUACCACUGACAAAGGAUCUGAACUCUAUGGUUGGGUUGCUCGUGCUGAUGACUAUAAGUCUAACGGUAUUACUGGAGAACACCUUCGUAAGAUUGGAGACCUUAGAACCAUUUCUGAUAUCAUGACUGAUGAGGCUUGGAAGACAAGUAAACUAUUAUCUAACUUGACAAACAUAAUUGAGGUCAAGAGUAAACACUGCAAAGAAAUGGAGAGCAAAUUCACUGAGACUUCAAUCUCCCUUGGCAAAUUAAUUGAGGAGAAGGAUAGGCUUCAUCAAUCCUAUAAUGAAGAAAUCAGAAAAAUUCAGUUCAGUGCACGAGAAGAUUACCAGAAGUUUUUUAAUGACCAUGAAAAGAUCAAGUUGCAAUUGGAAACUGAAAAGAGAGAGCUAGAGAUGCGGGGUAAAGAAUUGGAAGAGCGUGAGGCUCAAAAUGAGAAUGAAAGAAAAAAACUCUCUGAAGAUAUUGAAAAGAAUGCCAUGAAAAAUAGUUCGCUUCAGUUAGCAGCUAUAGAACAAGAGAAGGCAGAUGAAAAUUUACUGAAAUUGGCAGAAGAUCAGAAGAGGCAAAAGGAGGAUCUGCACAAGAGAAUUAUCCAACUGGAAAAACAACUGGAUGCAAAGCAAGCACUAGAGCUAGAAAUUGAGCGACUGAGAGGGACAUUGAAUGUUAUGCAGCACAUGGGAGAUGAUGGUGAUCUAGAAGUUCUUAAAAAGGUUGCGGAAAUGCACAAAAACUUAAGAGAAAAGGAAGGAGAUCUCGAUGAUUUAGAAGCAUUGAACCAAACCCUUAUAGUGAAGGAGCGGAAGAGCAAUGAUGAACUUCAGGAAGCUCGGAAAGAAUUAAUCAAUGGCUUGAAAGAAUUACCGAAAAACGCUCAUAUUGGUGUUAAGAGGAUGGGAGAACUUGACAGCAAACCUUUUCAUGAAGCUUGCAAGAGGAAGUAUAACGAGGUAGAAGCAGAGGAGAGAGCUUCGGAACUAUGCUCAUUGUGGGAGGAGUACCUUCAAGAUCCUGAUUGGCACCCCUUAAAAGUCAUCAAGGUCAAUGGGAAACAUCAGGAAGUAGUAGAUGAUGAGGAUGAAAAAUUGAAGGCCCUGAAGAAUGAAUUCGGUGAUGAAGUGUACAAGGCUGUCAGAACAGCUUUGACGGAGAGAAACGAAUACAACCCGAGUGGAAGGUAUAUAAUCUCGGAGCUGUGGAACCAUUCGGAAGGAAGGAAAGCAACAUUGCGGGAAGGAGCUGCCUUCAUACUGAAGCAAUGGAAACAGUACAAGCGCAAGAGGGGGACGGCUUGAUGGUUGGAUUAUAUAAUCUCGGAGCUGUGGAACCAUUCGGAAGGAAGGAGCUGCCUUCAUACUGAAGCAAUGGAAAGUAUGUAAGCGCAAGAGGGGGACGGCUCGAUGGUUGGAUUAAUUUUGUUUUUGUCUAGUGGAUUUCUGUCUAUACCUUUUCCAUGUAUAGCUAGAUAGAAAUAGUAUGGUUGACAAGCCAAAUGCUCUUAUGCGUAGAACAACCACUGAAGGAUUUGGUCGAACUGAUAUUUAAGAUAAACAGCUAAACUUUAUGGAAUGGUUCCUUGAAUCCUUGUAUAGUCUUAUCUUCCAAAUCUAUUGUAAAUAAAGUAUUUUGCAU